GAGGAGAACGAGAUCCCUACCAGUGUUUUCGUGAAGGAUCCUCCUCCAUUCCCUCGUGAUGAGAUUUUGGAGGAAGGCGAUGAAUCGGCACCGGGUGUCGUCGACGGCGACCAUUCCCAGGAGAGCGGGCUCCAGACCAUCGACCUAUCAUCUGAUGAGGAUGUCGGGCUAGAGGCGGAGCUAGAGGAAGAGGAGGUGUGGCCUCACGAUCUGGAGAACAUGGAGAAAUCCAGAGCCGAGAAACUGAAACGAUCCAGUCUGAAGAAGGUCGACAGUCUGAAGAAGGCGUUCUCCAGGCAGAACAUCGAGAAGAAGAUGACGAAGAUAGGAACAAAGAUCGUUUCUCAGGAGCAACGAGAGAAAAUCAAACAGAAAACCUCCAGCCUGAAGGUUUCGCCUCUGUCCUUCAGCAUCAGGAAGCCUCGCAGCAGCUCCGGCUCUCAGCACACCGAGGCCGCCGCUCAGACCGCAGAGUCGUUUGUCAUCGAGGCAGACGUGCAGCUCUCCCCGCAGGGCAGCACCGACCAGGAAGUCCCUUUCACCGAGGUCCACGCCCAGCUGGCUCCGGCCGAGCGAGGAGCAAGAGGAGAGAAGCUGAAGGAGCAGCUGAAAAAGGAGGAGGACGACGAGAAAGUGAAAGAGAAAGAGGAGGGGGAGGAGAAGGGAGGCGAGGAGGCGUCCGGUGUGGAGGUGGAUCUGUCUGUGGUUUCUGAGGGAGUCAGUCAGGAGUACGCUCUGUCCUCCACCCUGCCUCAGGAGGAGAAAGGAGAGGAAGGAGGAGCAGAGGAGGGAAAAGUGGAGGAGGCAUCCUAAACAUUUGUUAAUAUUCAGUUUCAUGGAGGUUCAGCUCUGAGCUGGGAUCAGGGUUCAGGUCUGAGCUGAGACCCGUCAGGGUUCAGGUCUGAGCUGAGACCCGUCAGGGUUCAGGUCUGAGCUGGGAUCAGGGUUCAGGUCUGAGCUGGGAUCAGAGUUCAGGUCUGAACUGGGAUCCAUCAGAGUAGAGGUCUGAGCUGAGACCCGUCAGGGUUCAGGUCUGAGCUGAGACCCGUCAGAGUUCAGGUCUGAGCUGGGAUCAGAGUUCAGGUCUGAGCUGUGAUCCGUCAGAGUUCAGGUCUCAGCUGGGAUCAGGGUUCAGGUCUGAGCUGGGAUCCAUCAGAGUACAGGUCUGAGCUGAGACCCGUCAGGGUUCAGGUCUGAACCUGGGAUCAGGGUUCAGGUCUGAACCUCCUCACAAACUGACUUUAGAUUUCUGAUCAUCUGAUAUUUAACGUCUUGUGACCCUGAAAACCACAUAUCUCCAAAAAACCUUUCAGGAACUAAGGACACUGAUGCUUCUGUACUCUUGGUUCUGGUUUUUAGGUUAAACUUUUUAUGAAGUGGGAGAACUUUAAAUUCUUCAGCUGAUCUGAAAGCCUAAAAGAACACUUUGGAGAUACGUGCUUUUUACUGGGCAGCUUUACUUUAGUUUUACACUUUUUAUGUUUAUUCUUUUUAUUCAAACCAUGAUAACUACUGAUCAGCUGAUCAAUAACAUUAACGUAAUGAAACGUGGAACAUCAGUGGAACCCAACACACAGAACACACUGAGGGAACAUGGUGCUAAACAGAUCCCUGAAAACACAAAGCGUUCCUCUGACAUUCCUCUAAGGUUACUGAUUCCCAAAGGCUCCUGAGGUUCCUCGUUCUACUACGGUUUCCCAAACAUUCCCAUAAAGUUCCUCUAAGGUUAACCUAGUACUCUGCUAAGGUUGCCCCAAGUUGGGUCCAAUUGCUGGAAGAUUCUCUAAACGUUCCUCUACAGUGCCUCUACCAUUGGCAUAAGUUCCCCUAGUUUCCUUAAAGCUUUCCUCAAAAGUUUCGCUAAGGUUGCCCUAGGAUCCCUCCAAGGUUCCUCUAACAGUGGCCUAAGUUCCCCUAGGUUCCUCAGAGGUUUCACUAAGGUUGCGCUAGGAUCCCUCCAAGGUUUUACUAACAGUGGCUUAAUUUCCCCUAGGUUCCUCAAAGGUUUCACUAAGGUUGCCCUAGGAUCCCUCCAAGGUUCCUCUAACAGUGGCUUAAGUUCCCCUAGGUUCCUCAAAGGUUUCACUAAGGUUGCCCUAGGAUCCCUCCAAGGUUCCUCUAACAGUGGCCUAAGUUCCCCUAGGUUCCUCAAAGGUUUCACUUAGGUUGCCCUAGGAUCCCUCUAAGGUUCCUGUAACAUUCCACUUGGGUUCCCCCCAACUUUUUGUUAGGUUGCUCUAAAGGUCCCCUUGCGUUCUCCUGCUGUUCCUGUCUGUUGAAAUAUCUGUUGAGUUCUGUCUUCUGCCUGAAAUGUUCUGUGAUAUAAAUAAUCUUUCGUUUCAUCAGUUCAGUUUCCUGUAGUGUGUGUGUUGAUGUGUACACUGAGUAACCAGCCUCUGAUUGAUUAACUGCUUAUUAACGACACCGAAGUAUUAAUUACUGUACCAGUGACGGACAGACCCAUCAGAUCAAACUGCUGAUCAGGACAGUCGGUUCUCCACCAGUCGGUUCUCUCAGUUGUUUCAGCUAUAAAGUCGCUGGUUUUCUUUGUUUUCGAACACAAAUAGAAACGUUGUGCUGCCAAAGAUCAUUUCCUGUCUGACUCACGUCACCUGUCAGGUGAGAACCACCUGAAAUCCACCAACAAUAAAACGCAGAGAAACCUCAA